GCCAGCCAGAACUCAGGAUGAGUAAACCAAAUACUUUUGACAGUCAAACUACAUUCUGUGUUCUCUGUGGACGAACAGAUGACUGCCCUGAAAAGUAUGGAGAAAAAAAAACCUUUGUGGAAUGCAAUCUUACUGUUCAUUAUUACUGUUUGUUGAUGUCAAGUGGUAUUUGGCAGAGAGGGGAAGAAGACGAAGGUGUGGAUGGAUUCUUAAUCACAGAUAUUAGAAAAGAAGUAAAUAGAGCUGCAAAACUGAAAUGUAAUAUCUGUAAGAAAAAGGGUGCUUCAAUUGGAUGUGUAGCUCCCAAAUGCAAACGAAGUUACCAUUUUCCUUGUGGGAUAAAAAGGGAAUGUAUUUUCCAGUUCAUGGAAGACUUCAGAUCUUACUGUUGGGAACAUAAACCAGUCCAAACUUUUAUGGAUGAAGAAUCUACAGGAGCGUCACAGUGCACAAUAUGUCUGGAUUUGGUUGAACAUCUUCCAGCAUACACUGUAUUGAAAAGUCCUUGCUGUAAAAGUGCUUGGUUUCAUCGAGAAUGCUUGCAGUAUCAAGCUUUGAGUGCUGGGAUAUUUUUCUUUAGGUGCACAGUAUGCAAUAACAAGGACAAAUUUCAAAAAGAAAUGUUGAGAAUGGGCAUAUACAUUCCAGAAAGGGACGCGUCUUGGGAACUUGAAGAGAACGCAUAUCAAGACUUACUGCAAUGUUAUCAACACUGUGAUAUUAGAAGAUGUCUCUGCAAGAAAGGAAGAGACUAUAAUGAACCUGAUAGUAAAUGGGAAAUAAAACGUUGUCAGUGUUGUGGUUCUCGUGGGACUCAUUUGGCCUGCUCAUCUCUGAAGUCAUGGGAGCAAAACUGGGAGUGCAUAGAAUGCAGAAGUAUCUUGGCAAAAUCAGGGAAGUACAGCAGAAAGAAAAAGCGUGCUUUGGCUACCUCUGAAGAGACAGAUGGGACAACUUGUUUGAUGGAAGAGCCAUCUCCAAAGACCCCUCGGCAGUCAUCUGGAUCCCAACGCAAUUUUCUACUCCAAUCACCAAAGAUAAUGUACCAGAACAACUUGUCACCUUGCUCACACCUAGAACGUCCAGCAUCCAACAGAGUGACGAUGUCCUUAUCUCCACUGAUGUCAAACAGAAAGUGGUCCUUGAGGCAAAAGCAUUUAAGAGAGCGAAGAAGGGAAGUUUGUAAUAUUCUGAAGGAGUUAAAAGUACAAGUUAAUACAAAAACAACAAGGCUUAAUAUCAAUGCAGACGAUAUCUGGAAUAGUGCUUUAAAAGGAUUUAGACAGCGCAACUUCAGUCCUACAAACACCAUUGAAAUAAAUUUCACAAACUGCAAAAAUAGAUCAAAGACAGAUACUUCUGCUGCAUCAAAACACCAUUUCUUCCAAUUAUUAAUGCUUCACCUUCAGAAUUCAUCACUGUUUGAGGGCUCUUCUGCGAAGAAUUUGUCCCUUGAUUUUCAAGCUGUAAAAGAAAACCUUUAUUUCGAAGCUGGUAAAAUGAUUGCAGUUUCUCUGGUUCACGGCGGUCCAUCUCCUGGUUUCUUUUCCAAAACACUAUUUGAUUGUCUUGUCUAUGGUCCAGAGAAUGUGAAGCCAGUUUUGGAAGAUGUUGCUGAUGUUGAUGUAGCACAAACAAUAAAAAUGAUAAAAUAUGCAAAUAGUCUGUCCAGCCUACAGUCUACAAUACAUGACUGCUAUGAAUUCCUUGCUGCUGCUGGAUGUUUUAGACCUAUAACAGCUUUGUGUGAUAAGAACAUGCUGGUGAAUGACAUAUUGAUCCAUCAUGUAAUCAAGAGAAUUAUUUCACCCUUAGAAAGUUUUAGGCAAGGUUUGAAAACUCUUGGUAUUCUAGAGAAAAUGCAAAUGCAUCCAGAUGCAUUCUCUAGCGUAUUGUGCUACAAACCCGAAAGACUUUCAGCAGAAACUAUUUGUGAUCUCUUUUCAAUCCAUUCCUCAUCAGAUGUAAAUAAAGUUAAAGGUGCUGAUUUUUGGAUGGGCUAUUUGCAAGAUGUGGAAAGUGGUGAGUCUGUAGUGACGUUUGAGGAUAUUCUGCUGUUCGUAACAGGCUCCUCUUCUAUACCAUCCAUUGGUUUUGAUCCUGAACCUACUAUUAAAUUUUUGCGUAUAAGGUAUCCCAUUGGAAACAGACUCCUUAAUUGCUUAGAACUCCCUAUAACAAAUACAUACCAGCAGUUUAAAAAUAAAAUGGAGCUCACCAUCAGAAACACAUUAAGAGUUGAAAGUGAAUAAGUAUUUUUGCUAUUAAACUGGAUGUUGGAAACUUCAGUUUUCUGCAAGAACAUCUACUUCCAAUUUGCUACUGUAUUUUUGGACAAUGUGCUCUCAGUCUUUUCCCACUUUUCCUCCAAAGAUAUGCUAAAAGUAGUAAUAUUUUAAGAUGAAAAACAAUUUUCAAAUCAGAAUAUGCUUUAUUUCUUGAAUAAUUCUCCUUUUGAAGUUGACUUGAGUCAACAGUCUCUUGCAGAAGUAUUUUAAAUAUCUACUUUUGCUGUAGACAAGUAUAAGUACCAAACUCUGUAACAGGUAAGUCUGUGGAUUGUAUCACAUACUUCAGUAACUUAUUUAUCAAAGGCAAGUCAGGCACAUCUUGAAGAUAAUUUCUGUAGAGCUUUGUUUCAAGUAAAACUGUGAUGCAGGUGUUCUGAAAUCUUUUUUAAACUGCUGCAGCUUCUCUUUCUUUCUUGAUCCUGGGAGAGGUGCUAAUCUUUUUAUAUUAAGACCUAUUUUCAUCACUGGGUAACAAAAGCAGGUAUCCCACGUUGCCCCUCAAUUUUUAAUUUUUUUCUUUUUUAUUUCAAAGUCUAAGGAAAUUAUUACAAGCCUUAGAUCAGAUAUUUCGCACUACUUUCAAGUAGCUAAAACAAUCUGAUCUCAUCAAAGUCCUGUCAUUAGAAAUUUAAGAAUAUAAGAAAUUAACACAGGACUAACAGUGUUUUUUGGUUCUUAGUCAAAAGCAUAUUAAAGUCUACCUUAAAAUUAAUGUAUGAACUCUUAGAGAAUGUAAUUUGACUUGUUUUAUAUACUAAGCAUUUUCUCACCGUCUUCUAUUUUUUUCCUCCAAUAAUAUUCCAUGUUUCUCAUCUCUGCAUAAUUUUUGAGUCUCAUUCUUCCAAUAACUUCUUUGUAGUCUUAGCCUUCAGAAUGGUCUAUUGCCAUUAUAAGGAGAAUGGCUUGGUGCAAAUUUGUUUGCAUAAUAAGGAUUCAUAUUGUAUGUUUGUAUUUUUAAAAUACAGCAAUGAGUCUCCUGCAAAUAUUAUACUUCAAACAUGAGCAGUGUACCCAGUGCAGUAUUCCUUUUUCUUGCCUAGUUAAAGAUAAAUGUCUUCUGUAAUAUUAUGUGAUUUUUCUGUGUGAGAAGUACAGAACUUACAGGAGUACCAAACAGAGUGUGAAUAAUUUUAAUGGACAAUUCCUGGACUUCCGGCAUCUGCAGUGACAAGGGAAACUGUUCAGAACUUGGAACUAAAUAAACUACAUUUUAAAACCUUCAAAGGAGAAAGAAAUACAAAGAUUAAUGUGAAUACAGGGCUUCAAAAACAUACCUGAGAUUACAAAAGUAGAGUUCACACCUUUUAUUGCUUAUUUCCUUUGAAUUCAGCAGUUGAAAGGGUUUUAUAUAAAGGUAGAACUAACCUUUAGGUCAGCUGUAGGAAAUGUUAACUUUAAAACCUUCUGCUAUACAAUGGUAUAUCUAAACACUGAAUUUGUAAAAUUAUGUAGUAUCUAAUAUUGCUUGAAAGGGUUUCUCUAACAUAGAAUUGGUUCCCAUUUUCUAAUACUGAUGUCUAUGCAUUCAGGACAAGUUUUCUUUCCUUUUUUGUUGGUUUGAUCAGCUCUAUCUAGACAUUCCAGUAUAUUCCAGUUGUAUUCCUCUCCUCUUUGCGUUUUCAGCAUUUGUUUAUAUAGACCAAUCUUGAAUUUAUUUAAACUGUUCAUUAGAAUUCCACUGAAUAAGCUAACUACCGAUUCAUCAAAACACAGAAAGGUCCCCCUUGUCCUUCAAAUGUAAGAGCAGUUUACAUAGCUAAAAGGACUGUCAGGUUUUUUAUUAUUAUAGCAGGUCUCUAAAGUGCAAUAUUAUCAAGUAGUUUUCAUUUUACAUAAACAUAACCUGAGGCACACCUGGAAAUUAGGGAAUUUGCUUAGUUUCAGUAUUUCUGUAACAGAGAGAAUAAUUGUAUAUACAUUAGUUAUGUAGUAAAUAUAUUCUUACGGAAUUUGCAUCUUCUGUAAAAUUUGUCGGCAGUGCUCUUUGUGUUUGGCCACAAAACUUCACCCCACAGUUUCUGCAUCAAACUCUAAGCAUCCAUCUGGAAUUAGCAUAUCAAAUAGGCUAUUUAUUUUCUAGAGUGAUAAUUUUAUACUAAACAAUAAUAUAUUAGUGGGUUUAGUAUGGUCUCCUUAACAAUGCACAUACAAUAAAAAACACCCUCAAGUAUUUUAGCUCUGUGUUUGAAAAGCAAAGGAAUAAGAAAUUUCUGACUUGCUUUCACCCAUUCAAAGGAUGCUUACCAGAAAAAGCUGUUAGCAUUUUUAACUAACUGGCUUAAGAGUGAAAUAGAGUCAAAAGGAGAACUUCAUUUAUACUUAAAGUCUAAAUGAUUGUGUGCUGCAGUUUUGACAUUUUUCAUUAAGAUGUUCAGCCUGUGAAGACCUGAGGGUUUUGAGAGCAUUGGUCAUUAAUUCACUCACAUUUUACAUAUACAUUUUGAAAAUAUUACUAAAAAAAUGUUUUAAAUAGAGAGAAAUGCAACUUUGGAGCCUACAAAAUAUUAGUUUAAAGUUUAUCUUGAUUCUGUAUUAUAUGGUAUAGCAUUUUAAAGCUCAAACUUUACUGAUUUUUACUUAAGGGAGUUCCUAGUUGGACAAAAGAAAAAUUAAAAUGCUUAAACUUUUGAAGUGUCAAAUCAUAUGCAUACAGAAAGUAGUUUUUGAAACACUGAUGUAUGUAAAAAAACCCAAACCAACAAUUCAAUCCUCUGAUUUUUAUAUUGCAUAAACGAUGUUCUUUUUAAACUUAUGGUAAUUAAAAAAAUGUAAUUUUGUAAAUAUUUUUAGCUCUAACUUGAACUGCAGGAUCAGUGCCUGAACUGUUGCAUCUUCAAGCAACAUUAUAUGUGACAGGUGUAGCAUCAAUUUUGAAAUAAUCAGUAAUUGUGGGAAAUGUUAUGUAUAUGUUCAAAGUGCAAUAAAGGGUUAAAUAUGGAA